AUGGCAUCCGCCUCAGCCUCCGCCACUCUAUCUCCGGUCAACUUGACGGUGGUUGCUCCCACCCGCUCUUCCGGGAGAACCACCUCAACCAAAGUCACUUACAUCAAGGGACUCAACUCAUUCGGUGGCCUUAAAGCUCAGAACACCGUCGCUGCAUUAGGACUCCCCGUUUCUACCGAACAGCAAUUCGCAAACUUUGUUUACUCAAUGAAGAAGCCAUCAUCCAAGAAUAUCGCCGGCGGUGGUGGAGCACUCAGCUCCACCUGCAAUGCUGCCGCUGAGAUUUUCCAGAUAGCAGCAAUUAUGAAUGGACUUACUCUUGUUGGAGUUGCAGUUGGUUUUGUUCUUCUCCGAAUCGAAGCAGCUGUUGAAGAGGCAGAGUAA